AUGGUAAUAUUAGCUUUUAUAAUAUUAUUUAGAAUUUAGGAAAAUUUUAGUUUGUUGGUGAAUUGACUAUUAAGUUAAACUUUNAUGCUAUGAAUGGUUACAAAAUAGGUAGGUGGAAUAUUGAUUAUGAGGGAAAGAAAAUGUAAAAAUAAUAUUAAGUUAGUGGCGGAGGAUCUUAUAAAGAAUAUGAAGGAAUUUAAGUAAAGAUUGGUAAAUGGAUUGAGUUGUGCGAUAAUUUUGGGGAAUAUUGGUAGUCAUAGUAAAAAAUAAUUUAUGAUGGCCAAUAUAAUGAGGAAGGCAGAAAAGUUGGAACAUGGGUAGAAAUAGAUAUAAAAAAAAAUAAAAAAAUAGGAGAGAUGAAAUAUAAUAUUUGA